CAUCUGGGUUUUAUUAUAUAAUGAACAUUUGUUUUGAAAGUUUUCCCGGAAGUACGUGUAGUCUAAACGCUUGCUAGUAUUAAACUAUUUUACGCUGCUAAUAGAACUUAAUUAUAGGAGUCUAACUUGAUUGAAACCUUCGUAACAGACUGAUAUCUGCUGUAUCUGUGUGAUUCACUCACUGGUUAAGCCGUAAUGAUCAGUUUUCUUCGCUGUUUCUACUGUUCGUGUUGAGCUAAGCUAACGGCUAGCCGCAGCAGCUCCCGCCCGGCGCGCCCUUUAAAUGAUCGCGUGCCAGCUUCAGUUUAUUUGGCUCGCGGCGGCUGCUGACAGGAAGGGGCGGCGGGAAGGAGGAGCCGCCGCUGCCGGGGCAGACUCUCCGCUUCGGCGGCUCCAUUUCCUGGACCUCCUUCCACCAGCUCACCCGCAAAAUGUACCGAAACCUGGGAGAACUGUUGACCCGGGGAGCGGGCGGUAUCCUGGCCUCCGCCGCCGACUCGGCGCUGCCGGCGUCCGCCUCGCUGCUGCGGUACCGCGGCUACAGCCAGGCCGCAGCCCGGGGCGACGACCCGAACUUUUUCACCAUGGUGGAGGGCUUCUUCGACCGCGGAGCCGCGAUCGUGGAGGAUAAGCUGGUGGAGGACCUGAGGACCCGGGAGACCCCGGAGCAGAAGCGGAAGAGAGUCCGCGGGAUCCUGCGGAUCAUCAAGCCGUGUAACCACGUCCUGAGCGUCUGCUUCCCGAUCCGGAGGGACAGCGGCGAGUGGGAGGUGAUCGAGGGCUACCGGGCUCAGCACAGCCAGCACCGGACGCCCUGCAAGGGAGGGAUCCGGUACAGCACCGAGGUGUCUGUGGACGAGGUCAAGGCUCUCGCCUCCCUGAUGACCUACAAGUGCGCCAUCGUGGAUGUUCCGUUCGGUGGAGCCAAAGCUGGAGUGAAGAUCAACACCAAGAACUACACGGACAGUGAGCUGGAGAAAAUCACCAGGCGGUUCACCAUCGAGCUCGCCAAGAAGGGAUUCAUCGGGCCCGGUAUUGACGUUCCGGCUCCGGACAUGAGCACCGGGGAGCGGGAGAUGUCAUGGAUCGCCGAUACCUUCGCCACGACCAUGGGACACUACGACAUCAACGCCCACGCCUGCGUGACGGGGAAGCCCAUCAGCCAGGGCGGGAUCCACGGCCGGAUCUCUGCGACGGGCCGCGGCGUUUUCCACGGCAUCGAGAACUUCAUCAACGACGCGUCCGUCAUGAACCGGGUCGGGCUGGCGCCGGGCUUCCAGGACAAGACCUUCGUCAUCCAGGGCUUCGGGAACGUGGGCCUCCACUCCAUGCGCUACCUGCACCGCUUCGGCGCCAGGUGUGUGGGCGUGGCCGAGAUGGACGGCAGCAUCUGGAACCCGCGCGGCAUCGACCCCAAGCAGCUGGAGGACUACAAGCUGGCCAACGGGACCAUCGUGGGGUUCCCGGACUCAACGCCGUACGAAGGCAGCCUGCUGGAGGCCGACUGCGACAUCCUGAUCCCCGCCGCCAGCGAGAAGCAGCUGACGCAGCGCAACGCGCACCGCGUCAAGGCCAAGAUCAUUGCAGAGGGAGCCAACGGGCCGACCACGCCUGAGGCGGACCGGAUCUUCCUGGAGAGGAACAUGCUGGUGAUCCCGGACAUGUACCUGAACGCGGGGGGCGUCACCGUGUCGUACUUUGAGUGGCUGAAGAACCUGAACCACGUGAGCUACGGCCGGCUCACCUUCAAGUACGAGAGGGAUUCGAACUACCACCUGCUGAUGUCCGUCCAGGAGAGUCUGGAGAGGAAGUUUGGAAAACUGAACGGCUCCAUUCCAGUCGUUCCCACCUCUGAGUUCCAGGACCGGAUCUCCGGAGCGUCUGAGAAGGACAUCGUCCACUCGGGCCUGGCCUACACCAUGGAGCGCUCUGCCAGGCAAAUCAUGCAGACGACCAGCCGGUACCAGCUGGGUCUGGACCUGCGGACGGCGGCGUACGUCAACGCCAUCGAGAAGAUCUUCAAGGUUUACAGCGACUCUGGGCUCAUCUUCACAUAAGGUUCUGGUUCUGGUUCUGGUUCCAGACGCUACCCGCCUCCCUUGGCGCUCCUGCUGCUUCAUCGCUCCUCUUCCUCACAGCCCACCGGACCGUAGAGCCGCUCACUGAGGCCUUCAGAUGGAUCAGAACCAUGUGGACCGGGUCGGAUCAGGGAACGCCUUGACUCCGACUCCGGGUUGUUCUGAUGGACAGAACCAGGAAGUUCCUUCCAAAAUAAAAGCCCUCUGGCAGAAUAAAAGUUC